AUAGGGAGGUGUGUGUCAUGGCGGCGCCCUGUGCCGUGGACAUGAAGUUGGUGAUGUUCCGCGGAAUCUGCAGGUUUUUACCGGAGAGAGCGUCCGCGCUUGGGACUCCGUUCGUGUGGAAGUUGGGUACGGGAGCGGGAUGGCAGCCGGUGAGACGAACUCAUCAACAGCUAUGGGCCAGCAACGCCGUCCGGGGCCGAGUCUCGGUGGAUCAGGGCAGCAGCAGAAAGCUUGAAAUCUCUACAGGGAAGCUUGCCAGGUUUGCAGAUGGAUGUGCUUUGGUUCAGUUAGGAGAGACAUCAGUGAUGGUUACAGCUGUCAGCAAAACAAAGCCUACUGCAUCUCAGUUUAUGCCAUUGGUGGUCGAUUACCGUCAGAAAGCUGCUGCUGCUGGAAGAAUACCAACAACCUAUUUACGUAGAGAAAUGGGCUACACAGAUAAUGAGAUUUUAACUAGCAGAAUAAUUGACCGUUCAAUCAGACCACUAUUUCCUUCAGGCUAUUUUUAUGACACGCAGAUUGUUUGUAAUCUCAUCGCAGUGGAUGGUGUCAAUGACCCUGAUGUACUUGCAAUAAAUGGAGCCUCUGCAGCCUUGGCAUUGUCUGACAUACCAUGGAAUGGCCCUAUAGGUGCUGUAAGGGUUGGCCUUGUAGAUGGAGAAGUUGUAAUUAACCCAACUCGAAAAGAGAUGGCUUUAAGUACUUUAAACAUGAUACUGGCUGGUGGACCUCAGAACCGAGUUGUCAUGAUGGAUGCAGCAGCAGAGAAUGUGUUGCAACAGGAUUUCUGUCACGCUGUCAAAAUGGGUGUCAAACACACACAACAAAUCAUAUUGGCCAUUCAACAGCUAGCUAAAGAACACGGAAAUCCCAAAAGGACACCUCAAAAGAUAUUUGCUCCUCCUGCAGAAAUAGUGGAAUAUGCAAGGCAACUUGCUUCUGAGAAGGUCUGUGGUGUAUUUUCAGAUUUCACUCAUGACAAAGUUUCAAGAGAUGACGCCAUUAAUAAAAUCAGACUUGAGACAGAGGAACAGUUAAGAGAUAAAUUUUCUGAAGCUGAACCAUUUGAAAUAAUGGAAGCAUUUAAUGUAGUUUCUAAAGACGUUUUUCGAAAUAUUGUUAUGAAUGAAUAUGUAAGAUGUGAUGGUAGAGACUUGAGAUCUCUUAGAAACAUAAAUUGCGAAGUUGACAUGUAUAAGCCUCUUCAUGGAUCUGCACUGUUUCAAAGGGGACAGACACAGGUACUUUGUACAGUAGCCUUUGAUUCCAUAGAAUCAAGUAUAAAAACAGAUCUUAUCACCACUCUUAUAAGUGGAGUGAAGGAAAAAAAUUUCAUGCUGCACUAUGAGUUUCCGCCAUAUGCAACAAAUGAAAUUGGGAAAAUAGUUGGUCAGAAUAGGAGGGAACUAGGCCAUGGUGCUCUUGCAGAAAAAGCAUUGAAACCUGUGGUUCCUAAAGAAUUUCCAUUUACAAUAAGAGUAACUGCAGAAGUAUUGGAAUCUAAUGGUUCAUCUUCUAUGGCAUCUGUAUGUGCAGGAAGUAUGGCUUUGAUGGAUGCAGGUGUUCCAAUUUCGGCUCCUGUGGCGGGUGUAGCUGUUGGCCUCAUCACAAAGAACAAUCCAGAAAAGCCUGCUGAAAUCGAAGAUUACCGUCUCCUGACUGAUAUUUUGGGUAUUGAGGAUUAUAAUGGAGAUAUGGACUUUAAGAUGGCAGGAACAAGCAAAGGAAUAACAGCUUUACAGGCAGACAUUAAAAUAGCAGGACUGCCGUUGAAGAUUAUAAUGGAAGCUGUCCAGCAAGCUUCAGCUGCCAAGAAGGAGAUCUUGACUCUAAUGAAUAAAGCAAUUCCUAAACCCAGAGAAAAAAGGAAAGAAAAUGGACCUGUUCUAGAAACUGUAGUGGUGCCGGUGUCUAAAAGAGCUAGAUUUGUUGGUCCAGGUGGUUACAACCUAAGGAAACUUCAGGCUGAAACUGGGGUAACAAUAUCUCAGGUAGAUGAAGAAACAUUCUCAGUAUUUGCUCCAACUCCAAGUGCUAUGCAUGAAGCUACUGAGUUCAUAAGUGAGCUCUGCAAGGAUGAUCAAGAACAACAACUUGAGUUUGGUGCCGUUUACACUGCCACUAUAACUGAAAUACGGGAUAUUGGAGUUAUGGUGAAGCUUUAUCCCAAUAUGACUGCGGUUUUACUGCAUAAUUCACAACUUGACCACAGAAGGAUAAAACAUCCAAGUGCCAUUGGACUGGAAGUUGGACAACAGAUUCAGGUGAAGUAUUUUGGUCGUGAUCCCACGGAUGGAAGGAUGAGGCUUUCUCGCAAAGUGCUGCAGUCUCCAGUUGCAACGGUAGUCAAGAACUUGAGUGACAAAAAUAGUAUUGUGAUGGGAGCAAGAGAGUCUUCAGCAUCUAGUGCUUCCUCUUGACCACGUUGAUACUGUCAGAAGCAACAGUUAACAAUUUACAUGAAGUUUGAAGAACUCCUCGAACUAAACAUUUAUUUUAACAUAGGCUGAAAAUUGUAAUACAAGUUUUCUAUACAUACUACAUAAAUUCGUUUUAUGUGUACUUUUCCUCAAUUAGUAUAGUAAUUGUGACAUUAUUGGCAAUUACAAUGUUUGUUUUUGGUGUAAUAAAAUAUUGAUACAAGAAAGAUUAAACUACUUAAUAUACUAGUCAUUUCAAAAUAUUAAAAUAAAUUGAGUUGAAAUGGAAGUAUUACUUAUAAUUGAAAACUCUUAGUGGGGACUGGGAUUCUUCCCAGAAUCUUUUAACUAAUUCUACUAGCCAAUGCCCAAAUUGGUAUGGUGACCUUAGCUGGGCAAGCAGAGGGAUCUGCAUUAGUAACGUGUGAUUUUUAGCUAACUGAAAAACAGCAGUUCUGAGGAAGGGUCACCGGACCCGAAACGUUAACUCUGUUUUCUCCUUCACAGAUGCUGCCAGACCUGCUGAGCUUUUCCAGCAACUUUGUUUUUGUUCCUGAAAAACAGCAGUACCCUUUUCCCUUCCCUUCCCCACAUGUGUUAGGGAAAAGGGGUUCUAAGUAUCUGAGCACUGGAUCAACCAGCCUAAACUCUGAGGUUGCAUUAGUGAGCAAACUUUUGCUGAUAUAGAUUUCAGUCAUUUGGUUUGGAGCUUCUUAAAUGUGAUGAUAAGCUUCCACAUUUGUCCAAAGGAAACAACUUGCCAAUAGUGCUUCUCACCCAACCAUUUUUCCAGCCAGCUUGACCCAAACAGUUCCUGGAUCAGCUGUCGACCUACCAGAGUUCCUGCUAACUUGCUUGUUUGCUUACCACACCUGCUGUUUCCAAUCUGCGAGUUCCAAGUUCUUGUUGUCUGUUUGUCUCAAUCCUUCUCAGCAAGCUGAGACAUGAAAGGAGAAAGUGCAAGAGUGAAUAGUGAGAAUUUAAGGGAGAGUGAGAAAAUAAGCCAGAGCAAGCAAGCGAUUAUUGAAGUGGUAAAAGCUAAUUUACAGAACUGAGGUGAAAAGAGGCCAAGGGUUAAAAUUCUUUCUGCCCAAUCAACAAUAUGUUGAUCUGCAGAAUUAGAUUAUAUUUUAAUGAUAUGUUCAUAACUUAGCUGUGAACUUCAACUUCCUGUGCUGCUUACCUUACAAUGUGGAAUUAUUAACCAUUUUAAGCUAAUGCUCAUGAGCGUUAGUAUGAACUACCGAACUAGCACCUAAGUGCAGACUACCUAACUGAUUUAAUUGUAUUGUUACUGACCGCUUCAGGGCAGCAAAUAUGAUAUCAAAAUCUGACCCUAGGAGUUUUCAGUUUUGGUGCAGGGGUUGAAUAUGAAUUAUAUUCACUAUAUUUUGGGGCUCACAGCUGAAUGGAAAGUUUUUCUGUAUGUGGUAGAUGUAGAUCAAUUGUAGCUUUCAAAGGAGAAUUGGAUAAAUACUGGAUGAAAAAUUGUCGGUAUUUGAGGAAAGAGCAGAUUAGUGAGACUAUCUGGAUUGCUCUUAGGAAGAAGUGGUGCAGAUUUGAUGGGUGGAAUGGCCUCCUGUGAUGUUUGAUUCUUUUCCUGAAAUGGGUCAAUGGAAUAAAUGUUCUUGAAAGUGGAAAAGUCAAAGAAAGCUGAAACUAUUCAUGGCUGGAAGACAAAAGGAUAGAUGGGCUCUAUCUUUCUGUCAGGCAAUGGAUUCCAAAUACCAGCUCUUUUGUCAAUUUCCUUAAAUCUAUGCCACCUUCUCUGAACUCUACAUGAUUUUAAACAGCUGUAUCUCCUCUUAGAAGUCUCUGCUCUGAGAAGAAAAUGCAGCUUUGACAGUCUAUACUUCUAACUGAAAUCCUCUAUCCUUCGAAUCUGAGCUGUAUGGUCUCCAAAGCCUCUGUGUCCCUCCAAGUGUGGUGCCCAGAAUUAACACAAUACUUCAGUGAGGGACAAAUUUAAGGCCUUAUACAAACUCAGUGUAACUUUCUCAUUUUUGUAAAAACCAAAAGAACUGUGAAUGCUGAAAAUGAGAAACAAAAACAAAGUUGCUGGAAAAGCUCAGCAGGUUCGGCAGCAUCUGUGAAGAGAAAUCAGAGUUGACCGUUUCGGGGUCCGGUGGAACCGAAACGUUAACUCUAAUUUCUCUUCACAGAUGCUGCCAUACCUGCUGAGCUUUUCCAGCAACUUUCUGUUUUUGUUUCUCAUUUUUGUACUCUCCUGUAUAAAAGUUUUGCUAAAUUGUUCUGCCACCUUCAAUAAUUUUUGUACAAACAUAUUAAGGUGUCAAUGUUCUUGCAUCCCCUUUAAAAUUGUGUCAUUUAUGGUGGCUUAUGUUGUCUUGCUUCACUUUUCCUCAAUUUUAAGGCAAGCCACACCCUUCAUAAAUUUCCUCAAGCCUAGAGUAUCUUUUGAAUGUUUUCACUAUUUCAAUGCUUCAGAAAUAUUGUAUUUAAAUAUAUUUUGACAGAACACUCCUGUUUUUAUUUUCUAGUACCCAUAUACAAAUCCUUAUGACAAUUGAUUUUUCAGGUAAUCAAUGAAUAACUUUUAGAAAGAUAAAGUGAUUGUAUUUUAUUCGUCAAGUACAGGCAAGUACUAAGGUUUUUUUUAAACUUUAAAAGAAGGAUAAUGUUUGUUAUGCAACAUCUAUACAUGUUACACAUCUAUUACACAUACUACACCAAAGCGUUCAGUAACAUACAUGCACUCAGGAAGUGGUUGUGGUUACAAAAGUUUCAUGCUUUCAUGUUUUACAAUUUCAAGAGUUCUUCAUUACACUUGUGCUCUUCUAGGAUGAAAAUUUGAAAGGAUGUAAGUAUUGUGAUGUAAGAUGUGUGAUCUAUAAAUGUUAAUAUUAUUUUAAAAUAUUUCUACAUUUAAGUUUGACUUAGUGCCAUGUAGGUUUGGUCCGUGUCUAUGAAGGCAUUUAGUGAUUAACUUGUAAGUAUUUCUAUAGCCCUCAUGAUUUGUUUUAAAACACAGUAUGAGAGAGACUUCCUGGGGAAUAAAUGAGUUUUAUUUUCAUUGAGUGAGCUGUGAGCAAGCAAACUAAUGGACCACGUUAGACUUUGGUUGGAAGGUCCCAGAGUUAUGGAGUUUUUUUUUGGUCUUCGGGGCAACACCCAUGGCUUGGGAAACCUUUUUUUUUGCAUUUCAGUUUGCAAAAGUCUUGGCUGGAACUGGAUGCGUAAACCAGUUGCUCCUGAAGACAAAAGAUAACAUAGAACUUAACAAAUUCAUUACUUCAGUGUAAGGCGUUUAGUUUGGAAGUUCUAAACCCAAAAUGGUUGGUUAAACUCUGAAGGGAUUAUUUGAAAUUGAGGAAAUCUAACUGAAGAUCCUGAAGUCAGUUAAUUUAUGUCCUAUAGAUGAGAUAGAGGGGAAUUCUCUGUAGUGUGAGUACUGUGAAGGAGUGCUGGUAGGAUUAAUAGGAUUGUAUUAAACCACAUGUUUUAUAGUCUUUAAAUACUGUAUGUUAUAUGUAAAUAAUUUGGUGUAUUCUGUAUUUUCUUCAUUCCUUUUGCAUAAUAAACUUUGUUUUAUUGUUAAAUCCAAA